AUGUCAAAGAGUAUUGAAAUUUGAAAAUAAAAUCGAAGAAGGCUGAAAAGGCAGAAAAUGAAUAAAGCAGCCUUUUAAAAGCACGUUUUUCGUGACAGUUAACAUUUUUUUGCAUUUUGAUUUCAAUAAGAAUUGACUAUAGUAUUAUACACUUUAUAAAGGUGAGUAUUGAAUCAAGUUCACCCAAAUAAAAAAAUUUAUUAAUAACUGUACACGGAUUUCUAAAGCACAUUAUCGUUUGUAAAUGUAAUUUUUCAAAAUAAAUAUUUUGACGCAACCAAUUAAUUUGAAACAACUAAAAAGAUUAAAGAGAUCUGAAAAUUCUGUUUAAUUUUGACAAAACUAGAAUUAAGUAUCUUCAACUCACUUUAUGCAAUUGCAAAUGCUUGAAUGUAAUAUUACGUUUGUUUGGUCAUAAGUUUUCUCAAUUUUUCUCUUCGUUUUCUAAAAAAAUUCUAAAUUAUUAUAUAUAAUAAAAAUUAGAAUCAGAGUGAAUCGUGAAAACUAAUUUGGCGGGGAGGAUAGCAUUAGUUUCAUUUUCAAACAUUUUUUGUUUUCAACUUAAACUGUUAAAUGAAUAAUAAUUAAUUAUUUUUUAUUUACUAUCCAGUGAUCACUCGAAGACAUCCUACUUUUAUGGCGUCUGCCUGCUAUGCCCUGGAAAAAUCGUAAAAAAUUGAAAUUCUGAUCAUUCGAUGCUUGGUAAUACUUUUGAAAGUUUUUCGAUUAUUUUGAUACUCGGAUAACAUCGAUAUUUUUUGGUAUCACCGAAAGUUUAUCUCGAUCGGUACGCGUCAAUCGACACAUACGAUACAAUCGGAGUCAUUUACUUCGGUUUUUUGGUUUAGGGGCGUGGCUAAACAUAUUGUUAUGAUUGCCGCGUAUUCAUUACAGGCACACAGCUGUUAUAGCCUCCACUAAACUGCCUAUACACUUUCUAGUCAUUAGUGUAUUCAUUUCAUCAUACAGUUUCGAGCAUGUGACUUGUUUUCUUCGUGUAGAUCGUAGUGUGCAGCAUAAACAGUCGGUACACAUCACGACGCCGCAAUGUAAAAAGGUCGCAGCGAGUGAUAUUUUUGUGCAAAAUAAAUCUAGUGACUGUGCGUUGUGCGCGACCGAACGUUAAAAUAUGUUUUCCGGCGACGAAUCCGCGGAAAGUUUCCAGGGCCGAGCUGGCGAACACGUGGCUCUCCUCAAUCAAGAAAAACUCGAAAAAUUAAAGAGCUUUCGCGAAAAGGUAGAUUGGGAGGUCAAAGAAAACCGAAGCAAAUUUAUUCGUAAAAUACAUCCCGUAAUCAAGGAUUGGAAAAUUGGACUUCCCGACCUUCGAGGCGUUUUUCAAAGGGGAGAAAUCGAUCGGCUUCUCUUGGAGUCCGUCGACGUUAUAAUAAGCACGAGAUACAGCAAAUAUUUUCGACAGGGGGAACGAUUCAUCAAGUUCGUGGCUUUGACCGGCUACAAAGACGAGCCCGAGACAGACAAAGACGGGAAACUAAUUUUGCGUCGCGCUACGCCGUUGCAUCGCGCGGCCAGGGGCUGGUUCUUCAACAAGGACACGGUGAUGCGCGAGCUAUUUAAAAUUUAUCACAGAUGCGACGCGAACUACACCGACGAAAACGACUUGACGCAUUUCCACGUAGCCUGCAAAUACGGCUACGCGGACGUUGUCCGAAAAUUCCUCGAGGCCGGCCAGGAUCCCAAUCUCGUGGCGCGAAAUUCGGGCGUGAACACGCUCGAUCCACCGCUGCACUUGGCUCUGCAGCACGAGAACUGGGAGAUCGUCGAGCUGUUGCUGAGGAACGGAGCGGAUCCAAACUUGGCCAACGUCGAUGGCUACACGGCUCUGCACGUUGCCUGCCGGAACUGCAGCCGCGACUUGCUGUCGAUGCUGCUGCGGACCUGCGACGAGGUCGGCAGGCCGGUGAACGUCGACGCCCCGGACAAGUGGGGCAACACACCGCUGCAUCAGGCUCUGACCUUCUGCACCAACGACAUUUUCAUCAUGCUGCUGAGACACGGUGCGGACCCCAAUGUGGGCAACGAGGAGGGAUCGACGUCCCUGCACAAAAUCUGCCAGAAACAGGACGACGACGACGACGCCUUGGUGGUGACGUUUUUCCAGAUCAGUCAACUGUUGAAUCGGAGCGUGGAGGUCGAUGCUCUGGAUAAGUUGGGCAACGCGCCCCUGCACUUGGCUCUGCGUUACGGCAACAAAAAAGUGGCCAUAUUUUUACUGCUGAACGGCGCGGAUCCCAAUCUGACCAAUCCCGAGGGACAGACUCCUUUGCACAUCAUCUGCCAGGAGAACGCAUUUCAGCAGGAGUACGCGUUCGCGUGGUCGUUUUUCAAAGCGUGCCGCGACAAGGAUCGACGGGUACGGGUCGACGCCCUGGACAAGUCAGGCAACACACCCCUGCACGUCGCGCUGUCUCGCGGCCGCAAAGACUUGGCCCAAGUCCUGCUGACGAACGGCGCGAAUCCGAAUCUGGCCAAUCGGCGCGGAUCGACGGCUCUGCACAUCGUUUGCGAGUGCAACUACAACGACGACUCGGCGAUGAUGCUGUUCGAUCUGACCGACGCGAGACACAAGCCGAUACGGGUCGACGCCCGGGACAAGCUGUACCAGACACCGCUCGAACUGGCCGUGGCGAGUCUUCUGCCGAACGUGCUCGAUGCCCUCUUGGACAACGGCGCCGAUCUGUCCAGAUUCGUUUUCCCGGCUACGCGCUACUUCGACAAGAGACUGCAAUCGGGACCGAGCGAGAGCAGGCACGAUUUCAAAUUGAGACAGGCGGCCGGCAUUCUGAGCAUCGUCGAACGCCUCGAAAAGGAAGGAUACGAGCUGUGCCCGAGCCAAACCAAGAGGAUGAUGAAAUUAUUCAUCAAGCAGGGAUUGGGGGAGAAGUCGAUGGCUCUUGAAAGAUCUUGGCUCCACGACGAAAAGUUCAAGAAAAGAGCAAAAAAGAUAAUGAUAACUCCGAAAGUGUCGAUUUACCGCCUGCUGCAGUUACGGCCCAGAGUGGCGGCAAAGCGAGUCACGCACAAGUGCUACAUCGAGUUGGCGCGCUCGAGGGAACUGAGCAAGCUCCCCCGAGGAUCCAGAGACGCUUGCGCUCUGCAUCUGUGCGAGAAACUAGCGAGGGUAUUCUUCCUGGACUGGGCACUGGAUCGUUUCUACGAGUUGAUUCACAAACGGCUGCCGGUCGAGAUCUGUGAGAUGGUCAUCGACAAUCUGUCGAACAAAGAUUUGUAUCACAUUUACUUGGCAGGUACCAACCAAAGCUAGCGAUGAAAAUAUUUGCGUUGCGCAGUAUUUUGUAAUGUCUGGCGUAAUUUCAUUUAAAAUUUUGUUAUCUUUAAGCUGACAUUAAGGUAAGGUAUAAAGAACUUGCUCGGUGGAACUUUGAAAAAAAAUUGAAGAAUAGAGAGGAAAAAAUUGAGAAAAAAUCCAUCAUUGGUGGCUAAGCUCCAACAAAUAAAAAAAAAAUUUAUGGAUAAUUAUGAAGUGAAUUAGUGAACUGUGGAACUGUGGAGCUCUCUAUUCUAUUAUAGUAAUCUUAGUUCGUAUGUUGUCAGAUUCAUUAUGUAAAUAUGUAAAUAUAAUAAAUAUUAAUCAAUAAUAAAAUAAUGUCAAAGAAAAAAAUUGGAAUUUACCGAUUUCUUUUUUCGUGUUACAUUAAUU